AUGACUUCUUCAGUGACGUUGCAAGGUGCGCAGGGUCGUCAGAUUACCGUCCAAACCGGUCUCUUUAUCGACAAUGAAUUUGUACCGGCAAGCAAUAAUGCCACAUUGGAUGUGGAGAAUCCAAAUACUGCCACUAUCAUUGCUCAGGUCUCGGCAGCACAGGCUUCAGACGUUGAUCGGGCAGUCCGGUCGUCCCAAAAGGCGUUUGCGACAUGGGGACGCAGCGAUCCUGGUACCAGGAGAACACUCCUGCUCAAGCUGGCCGAUCUCGUGGAGGCUCAUGGCCCCGAGUUGGCAUCGCUCGAAGCGAUCGAGGGUGGCCUAUUAUAUCGGGAUUCUCUGGGCCUCCAUGUGACGCAGUCAGUAGACAACCUACGCUAUUUCGCCGGCUGGGCAGAUAAGCUGGACGGCGUCAGCUUGCCGAUCCCCUCUGGGGUCGCCUAUACGCGCAGGGAGCCUAUCGGUGUCUGCGCUGCCAUUGUGCCUUGGAACUCACUCAUGAUCCUGUUCUGGAAACUAGCACCGGCUAUUGCAGCUGGUAACACCAUCGUCAUCAAGACGGCCGAAUUGACCCCGUUAUGGGCUCAGAAGGCUGCAGAGCUGAUCAAAGAGGCCGGGUUUCCCCCGGGUGUAAUCAACAUUAUCUGCGGACUGGGGCGCGAAGCCGGUCAAGCUCUCGCUGAGCACCCAGUGGUCCGAAAGAUCGCCUUCACUGGAAGCUCGGUCACGGGGCGCCAGAUCAUGCAGUCCGCUGCCCGUUCGAACCUGAAGAAGGUCUCUCUGGAGCUGGGCGGCAAGGGUCCAAGCAUCGUAUUCGCUGAUGCCGACUGGGAGAACGCUCUUUUGUGGACGACCAUGGGUAUUACGGCGAGCAAUGGGCAGAUCUGUGCCGCAGGGAGCCGCAUCUACGUGCAGGACACCAUAUACGAGAAGUUCAUCCAGGAGUUCAGUCGCCGAAGCCGUGAUGCCGUGCACGGGGAUCCGCUCCUCGACGAGACGACCAAGGGCGCAGUGGCCAGCAAGGCGCAGCUCGACAAGAUCCUGUCAUACGUAGGAAAGGCCAAACAGACCAAAGCAAGGCUUCUGCAUGGCGGACAACCCCUCCCUGGCAAGGGUCACUUCAUGGCCAACACGGCCUUCGUUGAUGUCGAUCAGGACGACACCAUCAUGCGUGAGGAGAUCUUCGGGCCGUUUGCGAGCAUCGCUCCGUUCAGCACCGAGGAUGAGGUCAUCCGCAAGGCCAACGACUCCGAUCUGGGCCUCAACUCUGCCGUCUUCACCAACGACGUGAGCCGUGCGUUCCGUAUUAGCGAAGCCAUUGAGACCGGCACGGUCACGGUCAACUGCUGGGCUAUGCUUAACGCCAACACGCCCUUUGGCGGAGUGAAGGAGAGCGGGUUCGGGCGCGACUCGGGCCAAGAAGCUUUGGACAACUGGACGGUUACCAAGACUGUCAAGUUCAAUAUCUUGCCACCAAAGCUGUAA